AUGGCCAAGGUCGCAUUUGAGGACCUAUCUGGAGCCUCGACUCCCGUGACCAGCAAUCCAUACGAUGGAUUAAUCCAAGCUACUGGUAAUGACACCAAAACGCUCCAAGAAAGCUACCAGCUUCAUCGAGAGACGCGCAACCGACAACAGAAGGCCAAGAUUCUAUCAGAUGAUUUCAGUGGAUGGAUUCUCGACGAGCAUCUCGUCAAAUUAGACGGCCAUCAGAGAGACGACGACUAUGUUGAUCCUCGGAACUGCCUGGUUUUCUGGGGCCGACCACCUGGAAAGGUCAAGCAGCUUAUCCACAUCAUUCAGCAAAAGCUCAAAGAUGCAGCUCCAGACAUCUGGCUCAUGCCACUGGAUAGACUCCACAUUACGGCGAUGGAAGUGACGCACUCCAAAACUGCCGAGGAAAUAGAUCGCCUGGUCAAUGUGCUUAAGCCCAACUUCCAGCUGAUAGCCGACUACCCAUCUCUGCACCGUGCUCGCCUCAUCAAACCCAUGAUCAGCUAUGAUGCUGCUGCGCUUGCCCUUAGCUUCGUGCCGGCAGCCGGAGAAAACCCAGGCCGAGGCCGCAAAGUCGAAGAGGACGACUACACCUACCAUCAUCUCCGCCGAGACCUCUACACGCUCAUCACUAAGGCUGGCGUUGAGGUCGGGUCACGCUAUGUUGUGCCCUCUGCACAUCUCACCAUAGCACGCUUCAACUCAAAAAACCCUUUUGGCGACGACCCACUUGAUGCUAGCGCAGGGCUUGACAUGAAGAAGCGCAAGCACUGGAUCAGUGAGAUUGAGAUGAUCAACAAAUGGUUGGAGGCGGAGUAUUGGCCGGACCGCAGUGGUCACGAGGGAGAGGGGAUCAUGCCGGGCGGAGAAUUCAUUCCCGGUGAGGAGAAGGGGCUUGACUUCAGGAAAGGCCGAUUGUGGUACGGAGGUGGUGAAACGGUCUACCUGGGCAAGGGUCAUCAUCUUAGUUAA